ACUACGCGCUUCCACGGAGAGUUUUACAUCGUGUGUUCUAGACAUUGUUUUUGGAGCGAAAUGUCGACCUUGAGCGGGGAUGAGGCUGAAGUUGUUCAGGAGGAACCAGUGAGACGUACAAGAUCAGGACGUCCUGCGAGAAAAGUAGCCGCAGCAGCUACGCCAGUGAAAAAAACACCAGCCAAAAAAGUUGCUACGCGAGCUAAAAACUCACCAAAAAAAACACAAGAAGUCGAAGAAGUGGAGGAGGAAAAUUCGGCAGUCGAGGACGAUUCGCAGGAAACUCCAGCGAAUGGUGUUCAAGCAACAGAGCAGCAAAACGAAAAGGAACUUCCUGAAGAAUCGGAAAAUAUGAAGUCCGAGCUGACUGUCGAAACAAAUUUGGAGGAGAGUCCAGAAGCUGUUCCGGAACUCGAAUCUCCUCCUCCUCCAGUUGUUACGAGUGUACAAACCGGAACCCCAAUUCAUUCAACUUUAAAAGUGAAGGAAUCUUCCCAGUUGAUGAAACCAGCUCUGAUUGGAACUUCUCGACGAUCCUCUUUUCCGAUGCAGGAUGAAAGUCAACAAGUUUCAACAGAGAACAACAAAGUACCGGAAGUUGAUAUUUCAAUAGAAGAAAAUACCAAGGCUCCAGAAGAGGCGAUUCCCGUCGAAGUUGAAAAAGUUACAGUCCAGGAGGCUGAGUCAACGCUUAUGGAAGUCGACGAGGAAGUUGCAAAAAAAGAGGAGAAUGAAGUCAACGAACUUUCGGAUUCUGGUAAAGAUUCGCCAAAAAAAGAAAAUGAUGUUGAGAAGAGCGAGGCGGUUAUUGUGGAAACAGAAGCGGUAAAGGAAGUAAAAGAAGUGGAGGAAGUGAAAGAAGAGGAAGAAGAGAAGAAACUGGCGGAAGUCAAGGAAUCUGAAAAUUCGAAAGACGUGGAAAUGAUCAGCGCCCCUGCCGAAGCAGAACCCGACACUGAAGCUGUUUCCGAAGAUGAAUUGCCGACUGAAGCCACGGCUAAAGAACCAGAAACAGAGGCAGUUUCAGACGAAGAAUUGCCAGCAGCCCCUCCCGCCGAUUUGGGAGAAACAGAAUCCGUUUCAGAAGACGAAUUGCCGCCAGAUAGUGAGAAGAAAAAGAAGGGAUCGAAAAAAUCGCCAGAGAAAAAACCAAAAGUUGACGGAACAAGUAAAUCCACAGAUAAACGUAAAUUGAAUGCGGAAGGAGAAUACGAUCCAAGUUCGCCAACUUCUGAAAAUAAUGACGAAACUCCGGCGAAGAAGGUGGCUUUGACUUCCGAAACAGAUGCGGAUGUUAAAGCGGAAGUCAAACCUGCUUCUCCCAAGAAGAAAUCGCUACCGGAAUUGGACAAAUAUUGGAAGGCCGUCAAUGAAGAUCCCUCAGAUUUCACCGGGUGGACAUAUCUUCUUCAAUAUGUUGAUCAAGAGAAUGAUGCGGAGGCAGCACGAGAGGCAUACUCAAAAUUCCUGGAGCGAUAUCCAUAUUGCUACGGUUACUGGCGGAAGUACGCCGACUACGAGAAGAAGAAGGGCGACCCCGAGAACGUGCAAAAGGUAUUCGAUGCUGGACUCAAAGCGAUUUCGCUGAGCGUUGAUCUCUGGCUGCAUUACAUCAAUCACUGUAAGGUCGUUUAUGAGAAGGAUGAGAAGAAGAUGAGAGAACAGUACGAAAGAGCAAUUGCUGCCUGUGGCCUCGAGUUUAGGUCGGACCGAUUGUGGGAGAGCUACAUAAAAUGGGAAACGGAGGGCAAGCGUUUGAACAAAGUGACUGCGAUUUACGAUCGUCUGCUCUGCACGCCAACGCUCGGUUAUAUUUCUCACUUUGAGGCAUUCCAGGAGUUUGUCUCUGCCAACGCUCCCAAUCAGAUUCUCAGCGUUGACGAUUUUCUAACACUUCGCUCGGAGGUGAAGACUCUCCUGAAAUCCGAGGAUGUCACUCCAGCAUCUUCGGCAGAUGCACCUCCUGGGGAAGAGCCACCACCACACGAAGUGCCACCCACAGACGAGGAGACGAGGGCCAUACGGGAAAAAAUAAUUAGCAGCAGACGUAAAAUGCACAAAGCUAAUGUCAAUUCGGUCGCUGCCAGAUGGAGCUUUGAAGAAGGGAUCAAAAGGCCGUACUUCCACGUGAAACCCUUGGAACGCUGCCAGUUGAAAAACUGGAAGGAGUAUCUCGAUUAUGAAAUUAAUGAGAAGGAUUUAAGCAGGAUUAUUAUCCUUUUUGAAAGGUGUCUCAUCGCUUGUGCUCUCUAUGAUGAAUUCUGGAUGAGGUUUGUUCGUUUCCUGGAGAGUUCGAAGGGUGACAAUUCGGAGAAAAUACGAGAUGUUUACACACGUGCCUGUACAGUUCACCAUCCGAAAAAACCGAAUCUUCACCUUCAAUGGGCGACUUUCGAAGAGAACCAAGGAAACUUUGAGAAGGCCGCGGAAAUUUUGGAAAACAUCGACGCCGUUCUUCCAAAUAUGUUGCAGAUUGCCUACCGAAGGAUAAAUCUUGAAAGAAGAAGAGGAGAUCUUGACAAGGCGUGCACACUUUAUGAAAGUUACAUCGCUAAUAGUAAAAAUAGGACCAUCGCGAACAAUAUCGCUGUAAAGUACGCAAGAUUUUUGUGUAAAGUCAAAAAUGACACGGACAAGGCUGUUAAAACUUUACUUAAGGCUGCAGACAAAGACAAGGACAAUCCAAGAUUGUAUCUUCAGUUGAUAGAUUUAGGACUACAGAGGAAUCCAGUUGACACGCAGGAAAUCGUCGGAUACAUGGACAUGUUCAUUGACAGGGAACAUGCCGAUUUAGAGCAAAGAGUUCUUUUUGCUCAGCGCAAAGUGGAAUUUCUCGAAGACUUCAGUCCGGACAUUCGACAGGUUCUAAAAGCUCAUGAACAAUUCCAAAAGUGUAUAAAACAGGCGAAGGAACGCAAGAAGGUCAAGAACGAUGACAGCAAAGUGGACUUGUCGCCGCCGAAGAAAAUGAAAUCGGGCGACCAAUCGAGUGUGCCGCCUCCUCCGUCAAUUAGCUCGCAGUCCUCGUAUCAGUACAGCAGUGGCCCGAGUGGUCCUUAUCAGUCGCAGCAACAAUUUCAAGGAAGUCAGUACGGCAGCCAAAGUGGCUAUCAGCAAGGAUAUCAGCAGUAUCCACCGCCCUCAGAUCCGAAUUACGCAAACUACCAGAACUGGCAGUACGGCCAGAGUGGACCUCAAACCUAUGGACCUUACAAUCAGUGGGGAUCUUACAAUUACUAUUAGUAUUAGUCUCUACUCGUCACUAGUAUUCAUGUCCUAUCAUGUAUUCAAUGUACAUUCUCCAAGUUUUACAUAUACGCGUUUAAAUAGCUCGUUGAAAUCAAUAAUUCAGCAACAAACAAAAAAACAAUCCCCUCAAAUUCGACCGAACUUUUCUCAAUUUCAGUUUUAUCCCAAGCUGGAAGACAUAUUCAGCAAAUGGAUUUUGUGUGGAAGCUUUCCCCAAUUUUUAUUCCUUCAAAUGUAUUAUUUAGUUGGCAUUUUUGUCGUAAGUGUCGAGUUGAAUAUUUUGGAAAUUCAAUUUUUUUUUGUUCUUUUUUUUUUGUUUUUGUUUUUGGUUCGAAUUCCACAAAUUUUCAACUUGAUAUCUCAAGUCGGAAAAAUGUAUUAUAUGGCCUUAAUCCUGAUCUUUUAAAAAUUUAAACACUUUUCUUUUUCCCAGGACUUUUUUUUUGUCAAUUUUGACUUGUGAAUCCAAUCCAAAAGACAUGCGUUUAAUUGUAGACAGAUGUAUUAUUUUUCUUUUUCAUUCGGGGUUUUUUUUUUCAUUUGUUAAAUUCGAAAAAGGGUCGAAGAUUCGCGUAGAUAUAAGGGGAAGCCCCGAAAAUAAAUUUCUGGGACACGAGAAAUUGUUUUCUCUUGGCGAAAGCUUUUCUGUUUUUUUUUUUUUACUUUUUUUUUAUUGAUAGAGUUGUUCCGUCUCACAAAAAUGUAAAAGUAGAAAGCAUUUAUGAAGUUUGCGAAGGCUUUCGUAGGAAAUAAGAUAUUUUUAAAGUCACUAAGGUGGGAAGGCUGAGUGAAUUGAAAUAUACUUUUAUCGAUUAACCACACUUUAUUCUGUUUGUUUAUUCGUGGUUGAAGAAAGAAAAUUUAGACUUAAUAUUAAUCGCAUCGCUGCGAAUUUAUUACAAUGUCGAUGUUUUACGAAUAUUAAGUGGAUUGCAAAUACUUGACGAUAGAAUGUGUUUCGAAACAUUUUGCCUUCAAUAAAAACCGAACAUUCUUGAG